CAUCGAACUUUCUAUUUCCAGCAAAUCAACGAAUUCUCUAGCAAUAAGCAGGAAUAGACAACCUCCGUGUCCAACCAGUGACACGACAAGAGGCGGACAGCACAAACAAUGCUCUGCAGAAGACAUCCCGCGUUAUACGUGAACCAGCCCCGCACGUCCUAAUGCACAAGACAAGUCCUUCGAACGGGUCGGCCAUGUUUGAAGUUUGCUGCAAAGCAUACUCCCAGCUUAAGAACCUCAAAACCCAUCUGCGAUCACACACCGGCCAAAAGCCGUAUACCGGCGAGUACCCGGGUUGUAGCAAGGCGUUCAACAACGUGUCCGACCAUGCAAAACACCAGAACCGCACCUACAGCAUUGCGAAUCACUACCCGGAGGACAUGCAGAGUGGCAAGACAACGAGCAUGAGCAGUCGGAGCAUCAAGUUGGAGUCGGACGCACACUCGCCGGGUCAACCGCCGAUCAGUAGUCCGAUGUCGAUCUCGGCGCUUACUGCUAGGCUGAUGGACGAUUGCGACGGUGGCAGCAUGCAGCUGGGCAGUCUCGAAGUUGAUCCGGCUUGGCCGUACGCGGACGAGUUUGAUAGUUGA